CAUCCCUUUCCUCUCUCCUUUCCCUCCACAUCACAACUUCAAGAUCCUGUGUCACCGCGCAACGCAACGUCGUCUGUCUACUUUUUUCAAGCUUUCUAGGGCACCAAGCUACCCUGAGAAAAUUCCCCCUCAUUGUUUCAGAGUUCAACUUCACCGAACUUCCAUUCUACCCCAAUCCGAAUCUUCGUUCCUGUCACCGGGUCUAAGUUCGCACGUCAUCUGUUAUCACGCACUUCCAACCGGAACGCAGUCAAACCUACUCAAGCCUCCAUCUCCAUCCACCAGACCACCACCGCCAAAAUGUCUGCUGUCGUCGAGAAGGUUUCCGAAGCCGUCAAUGACGUUACCAAUGCUCUGAGCAAUGCCACUAUCUCCGACAAGGCCGCCGAUAAGCCCGCCGCCAACAACGAUGCCGUCCUCGCCAGCGCUGCUGAGGGCCGUCGUCUCUACAUCGGCAACCUGGCCUACGCGACAACGGAGGGGGAGUUGAAGGAGUUCUUCAAGGGUUACCUUGUCGAGUCCGUCUCCAUUCCCAAGAACCCUCGCACCGACCGCCCGGUUGGUUACGCCUUCGUCGACCUCUCGACUCCUUCUGAGGCUGAGCGCGCCAUUUCUGAGCUUUCCGGCAAGGAGAUUCUCGAGCGUAAGGUCUCGGUUCAACUUGCCCGCAAACCUGAGCCCGCUGGAGAGAAGGCCGAGGGUGCUAACGGCGAGGGUGCUGGCGAGGGCAACCGCCGCCGCGCCUCCGGUCGUGGCCGUGGACGUGGCCGCGGCCGUGGUGGACGUGGUGCCCGUGGUGGCCGCGAGGAUGGCGCCCCAGUCGAGGGUGCUGCCACCGAGGUCCCUGCCGGUGCUCCUGCUACCUCUGAGGUUCUUCCUCUGACCGAUGCCACCAACAAGGACGCUAAGAGUGAUGCCGAUAAGCAGGCUCGUGCUCCCCGUGAGCGCCGCGAGCGUGGCCCUCCUGCCGACGGUAUCGCCUCCAAGACCAAGGUCAUGGUCGCUAACCUGCCCUACGACCUGACCGAGGAGAAGCUCAAGGAGCUGUUCGCCGCUUACGAGCCUUCGUCGGCCAAGAUCGCUCUGCGCCCCAUUCCCCGCUUCAUGAUCAAGAAGCUCCAGGCUCGUGGUGAGCCUCGCAAGGGCCGUGGCUUCGGCUUCGUCACCCUUGCCUCCGAAGAGCUCCAGCAGAAGGCUGUUUCCGAGAUGAACGGCAAGGAGAUUGAGGGCCGUGAGAUCGCUGUCAAGGUCGCUAUUGACAGCCCCGACAAGACUGAUGAGGAGGCCAACGCCCCCAAGGAGGAGACCAAGGAGGAGGUCAAGGCCAACGGCACGGGCGCUCCCGAGACUGCAGCUGCUCCCGCCGCUGCCCCUGCGGCUGCCACCCCCGCUGCUCCCGCUGCUGCUCCCGCCUCUUAAACGUAGGCGACCAGCCUACAGCCCCGGCAAUGCGUCUUUGAGCAAAUACUCGGAGAUGCUGCCUUUACGAGCUUUAUGAUGCGGUACCCAUUACGACGAUUUCGAAUUUUUUUGGAAGUGCCCCGGAACAGGUGGCCGACUACAUCUACGUCUGCCUUUUGACCAGACUCGUUCUCGGUAGAUAGGGCAAACAAGAUGUUCAGGGUUCCCAUGAUCCCUAGACUAAUUCUCAUGAUCUUACUGGCCACCUCUCUGUAUUUGUUACCUAACCUCCAUUUUCUCCGUCACCCAAGGCUGGGUUGUACAAUAGCUUUAGCUGGAGGCGGUCUGGAAGGACGAGGAAAAGUUUGGCGCAAAACGAAGAAAAUCGGGUAGCUUUUUGCAGUUAAAAAUGAAAGGCGGUGCAACACCAAAAAC